AUGACCGACGCAAGCCCUCCGGCGCUUUCCCUUCCUGAAGACGUCUUUCUCUAUCUGGCAGCGCUCUUUCGUCCCAAUCCGUCAGAGUCACAAGCUGAACAUGAGAUGGACGACUAUCGCCUGGAAGCGUGGGCCAGUUUGCCCGCGGUAUGCAGGCAAUGGCGCGAGAUCUGCUUGGGGUCGCCGUCGUACUGGUCGUACUUUGUCCUGCCCAAUAAGCAUGUACACCCCAGACGCAUGCUCGCGCGCGUUCGAGACGCUCUUCUCGACGUCCGCAUUGAACUGUCGGAAGACGCCACGGACCAGGACGAAGCACAAGUCGCGGCAGACCUGUCUUUGCUCAAUGAUCGUACUCAAAACAUCAGGUCCUUCUCCCUGCACAGCCGCAUGGGGUUGUCCGUCUUAACGUUACUGGAAUGCACCAUGCAGAUCCUCAGCCUGCCCCACACACGCUUGGAGCACCUGUACUUUCACGAUGGCCAUCCAUUGGCAGAGGAGCGCGUCAUAAGUGCUGCGCGGGCCGUCGUCCUGCAGUCUCCCUCUCUCCGAACCUUCAUGUUGAAAGGCCAUCAACGCCUAGACUGGUCUCCGACGACUUCCAACCUACGCCAGCUCACCCACCUUCACCUCGACUUCCUCGACUUCGCUCACAUGCGAGGCGCUCUUACGUAUCUGCCUCAGCUGCAAACAGCGUUCGUCAACCUCGGGGAAGGACAGCUCGCACAAGGGGUUGACUUCGUACCUUCCGCAAGGUCACUGUCGUGGCCAGCGCUCAUGGAGCUGACAUUCCAAUGUCACCCCAUCGACGCCCCUGCCUUUUGGAACGCUUUGGACGUGCCGCACUCUGUCCAAGUGACGUUCAUCAUCGUCACCCAAAGCCCGUUCGUCGCGGCAAUGGAAUCACGCAGACUGCUCAGCACCGCGCUCUCCAUGUUCCUUCCCAGUCGCCACGGCGAGACACCUUCUCAGAAACUAAAUGCUCUGGGCGUAUCAUAUCGAAAGCUGGUAGACGAACGCUCGCUUUCAAGGGUCGCCCUUGAAUGGUACCGUGAGGCGUCGGAGGACCUUGUAUCGCGCAGCCAUCAAGGCAACGGCGGAGCGCGACGGACGCUCGGGAAAUAUGCGACGUCGCUCUGGAUCGAACCAGCAGCACUCAAGGUGGUCCUAGGCUAUAUUCCUUCGUCCUUCAACCACCUCGGAUCAUUACACCUCGAUUCCCAGAAUUUGUCCCGCAAUAUCAUCGCCGCGAUGAGCGCUUACUUUCCGCACAUGUCCACGCUUCAAGAACUACAUAUAUGUGGCAGCAGGGACGUCCAUAUCGUCGGCCGAUCGCUCAGUGUCAAUUUACCGGGGCUCCGCCGGCUCAUUGUCGAAAGGUUCGAAGGAUCAGAAGAAUACAUAGAUGUCGUUGGUGCUCUAUGUGUAUACCUGGGACAAAGAUCGGCUGCUGGUUUACCGACGUUGGAGUAUCUGAGGCUUCGCGAAGAUGGGAUGACGGAGGGCACACUGAUAGGAUUUGAGGGUCUCGUACAAGAACUUUGCGCGUAUCGUAUGGAGGACGUGUAG